AUGAAGCCCCCUGUGCUACCGGCUCCAAAGCCCGUGACAACAGUCGCUGGAAUGCCUCCUCCCCUCAGACCCGAGGCUCCUGCUGCCGUGACUGCGCCUGUCCAGUCUGCGCCUGUUGCUGCUCAUGUUGCUGCUCCGUCUGCUCCGGCUGCUGCUGCCGUUCCUCUGGCUCCUCCUGUUGAGCCCCCGGUGUUCGUCCCAGCUGAGAUUGUUCCCGUCCCUAACGCACCCGUUCCGCCGCCCGCUGCUGUCCCCGCUCUGCCGUCUCCGGUCGUUGCUUUGUCACCGCAGGUGGCGUCCACCACCACUGGCAACCAGGCACUGGUUGAGGCGCCCUUGGUGGCGGAUCCGUCUGUGCCUGCCGUUCCGCCGACAGUCCCGGGCGGACAGCAGAUUCGUUCAAAGUCGCCGGAUCGCCGCUCGUCUCGCCCACAUUCUCCCGCACCACGCCAGGAGCGGGAGUCGUCGCGGCGCCGACUGGCGGGUGUUGAGUUUGUUGCUGCGGGAGGGGGAGCGGCGAGGGCGCAGUACCCUCCUCUCGUCGCAGGAAGUUCAGCAUCUCUUGCUGCCGAUGAGCCGCUUCUGUUCUUGGCGGAGGCGCUUCAGCCUCCGCAGGCCCGUGUUUUAGAGGCGACGCUAGGCGAGCUCUUCCGCCUUGCUGACAUCCUUCACACGUUGCUGCUGAUUCAGGUGCUGGCUCACAUGUCGCUCCCUGCAAUUCCCUCCGAAUCGUUCCAUGACCGUCCGCGUGUUUGCUUGGAUGCGGCAGAUCAGCUCGCGCUGCUGCUGGCGCCCGUGCUGGCUGCGCCCUCAGAGGGUGGCGUUGCGGCUGCGGGAGAGCUUGACGAAGCUGUCCGGGGCUUGAGGCGACACUUGCGCGCAGGUUCUGGAGCCGCCGCGAUCGGCGCAAGCACGCUUGUGGUCCGGGAGCUGUGGCGGACGUUGACGGGCGUUCUUCACGCACUUGGAGCUCACCGCAUGUAG